AUGACAGGCAACAAGCAAAAGGAGCCGUUCUGGCUGGGAGGCGCAGCGGCCUCAAUGGCUGUUUGCUUCACUCACCCUCUCGAUCAAACUAAAUAUCGCAUGCAGGUGUUGAAGUCAAGGGAGUCAAUGUUCCGGGCAAUGUAUCGCUUCGCUGCAAGAGAUGGAAUAUUCUCUCUGUGGUCCGGUCUUUCUGCAUCGAUCUUUCGACAAACGACAUACUCGACCGCUCGAUUCGGCCUUUAUAACUACUUUGCGCAACAAGCAAAACAAUACACGGGGAAGGAGAAGCUAUCAACGGCUAUGACGAUAACGUGCGCCGGGUUGGCCGGUGGCAUGGCUGGGCUUGUUGGCAACCCGGCCGAGGUUGUACUUGUUAGGAUGUGCGCCGAUGGCGCAAAGACCACUAGCGAAAGAUUUGGGUAUUCGAACGCCGCUGAGGGCCUCUACCGGAUCGGAAGGGAAGAGGGGAUCGCAACGUUUGGCAGAGGCAUCUCGGCCAACGUCGUACGCAGUGUUCUUAUGAACGUGGGGCAAAUCGCCACAUAUUCAACCGCGAAACGAUACCUAUUGGCAAAGACAGAAAUGAAGGAUGAUAUCAAAACCCACGCCGUGGCAUCACUCUUUGCCGGAACUGCAGCGACAACCAUUUGCGCUCCUGCCGAUGUGCUGAAGAGUAGAAUCCAGAGCGCCGCCGCGAGCGGGCCUGGCGGAAGCUCCUUGCUAAAUAUUGUGCGGACUGGUCUCCGGGAAGAGGGCCCUAGGUUCCUCAUGAAGGGGUGGACACCGGCAUGGCUUAGACUGACGCCAAACACCGUGUUAACGUUUGUGUUCAUGGAGCAGCUGAGGAAGUUGACUCAAUGGCAACUUGCGGCCCCAGUAGAGACAAUGAAAGCGUGA